AACAAUAACACACCAUUUCAAUGUACUUACUUUGUUUUUUAAACUAUUUGCAAUAAGGCCGUCAGCGAAGAAAAAUCCAUAAAUUCGCCCCACCGUUUUAUAAACCGCAGGGUUCAAAGCGUGGGGAAAAAAGUAGCAACUCAUAGUGUGGAAUUUCAAUACUUGAGUCUUGCACGUCUUAUUUUCCAGAGUUAGCUCAGUGCUUCUCAAAUAGGGGAGCAACCUCCCCUCCCCCAUGACUUGUCAAAAAAUAUAUGAGAGGCACUGGCUUUUGCAUUUUAUUUUGAAAGUCAUCCUGUUGUGUGCUGUGCUUGUGAAAAGCAUUGUGAUGUGUAUGUGGUCCGAAGGUUGCUGCGUUUCCACGGAGACCAGGUGAACGUUCACCGGCAAUAAGGAAGUAUGUGUGCGUGUGUGUGUUUGUGGUUAGUAUCGAGGUGGUUGAGCAACACAAAGGUGUGUGUUGACGGUAAAGUUAAGCGCGAUGAAGUCGGAGGUGAAAGUUGAGCUGGUCAAGUUCAUCUUCCUGGUGAUGAACUUCUUCAUCCUGGCUGUGGGCACCAGCGUGGCCGCCUGUGGCGUUUGGAUCCUGUUUGACUCCACAAGCUUCAUCGGCGUCGUUUCUUCUUCCGUGGGCCUGCAAAUGGUGGGGGCGGGGCUGCUGUUGAUCGGCGGCCUGGCGGUGGCGUCCAGCGUGACGGGGUGUCUGGGAGCGCGCUGGGAAAAGAGACCUCUCCUGCUGGCUUACGUGUGCAUCCUGUUGCUGCUGCUCCUGGGUCAGCUGCUGCUCCUGCUGCUGCUCCUCCUCAACAAGCACUCGAUCGAGGAGCAUGCCGACGCGGCGGUGAAUGACAUCAUGCGCCGAUAUGACGGCGCCACUUACCAGGACCGACUACUGGACGACCUGCAGCGCCACGGAGCAUGUUGCGGCCUGACGAGUCCGUCCGAUUGGCUGCAGAAUUCCUUCAUCCAGACGCUCAACGCCAGCGCGACGCACGUGCUUCCUUGUUCCUGUUUCGGCUCGCAUCAGAGCGCCUCCCCCUCGCCGUGGUGCACCCGGGUGGACGCUGCACGCCACUUUGGACUGGGAAACCACACACACACUCAGGGCUGCAGAGGGAAGCUCGGUGAUUGGCUGCAGGAGAACACGGUGACCAUGGUGGCCAUGGACCUCACCCUGAUGCUCACACAGGUCCUGCUGUUGGCGCUGGCGGCCAAUCUGUACCUGGCGUUUGGCCAGAAGACGCCCAAUGAGAUGGCAGCUAUUGACCCCGCCCACCACAACCUUCAACCCUCCUAGUAGUUUUACAUACAGUAAUAUAAAUAAAUACAGUAUAACACAUAAUAAAUAGGAGCAAAUCAAGUGUUUCUCCUUCCGGCACAGUGGCGAUUAAUCACAAAAAGCUUUGCAUUAAUCAUGUAUUCACGCAGAUUAAUCACAUUGUAGUAGCAAGUUAAUGAUGUACAUUAGCUAUUGUUUUAAA